AUGUCAUCUCUCGAGAGGCUGCCUCCCGGCACGCAGCGCAUCGAAGAUUCGGCAGGACAGAACAUCUUGCUUGCGCCUCAACCAAAUGCAGACCCUAACAUGCCCUUGAACUGGAGCAAGCUCCGAAAGAGCGUUCACAUGGUCAUUCUCUGCUUCUAUGCAUUGAUGGUGUUUGCGACGCUUUGUGUCUCGGUACCUCUAUGGCAGAUCUUCAAUGAAGAGCUAGGGAUCAGCUAUCCCGACCUCAACAACACCUAUGCUACCAAUAUGGCGGCCCUUUCCGUCGGGUGUCUCAUUUUCAUCCCAUUCGCACUUCGAUUCGGAAGACGGCCGAUCUAUAUCAUCACCACGCUUAUCAUGUUGGCUUCUGCAAUCUGGCAGGCCAAGAUGAAAACCUUGGGAGAUAUGAUUGGUACCAAUCUCAUCAUGGGCAUCGCGGGUGCUGUCAACGAAGCCCUUUUCCAGGUCACCGUUGCCGAUUUGUUUUUCGUCCACCAGCGUGGAACCAUGAAUGGUAUCUACCUCACACUCGUCAUUAUCGGCAAUUAUUUCGGUCCUGUCGCCGCCGGCUAUGUCGCGGUUUCGUCUCAAGGCUGGAGAUGGGUCUUUUGGUGGUGUACCAUCUUCCUUACCAUCUGCAGUGUUGCCAUGGUGUGCUGCCUCGAAGAGACUAAAUACAUUCCCAAAGUUAUUGAAGGACACGACGUGGCACCCCCAACCCAGGACGACAACGAGCUCUCGAAAGUCAACAGCGUGACCAAAGCGCCUGUUCGUGGCUCCAUUUCCGUGGAUGCGACCGAAGCGGCCAACAACGAGCGUCGACGUCUCGUUGAAAUCGAUCAUUCCAUCCCCAUGGACUCGUACAAGAAACGCCUCGCCUUUUACAGCCUGGACAAGCAGACUACCUCGGAGAAGCGAAGCGUGUGGAUGCACGUCUACCAGCCGUUCCAGAUUUUGGUCACGUUCCCUGCCGUCAUGUUCACCGCGCUCCAGUACGGUUUCCUGAUCGCCAUGUUGGCCGUGUUGGCCGUGACCCAGGCGAGUUUGUAUCCUUUCGAGCCGUACAAUUUCAGCGCUGCCGGCGUUGGUAACAUGAACAUCCCACCGGCGAUUGGUGCUAUCAUCGGUUCGGUCUUUGGUGGUCCAUUGAACGACUGGUUUAUUGUCCAGGUUGCUAAGCGAAGAGGCGGUAUCUAUGAACCAGAGACAAGAUUGUGGCUGUUUUUGGUCCCUGGUGUUUGCUUGCCCAUUGGAUUGUUCAUGUAUGGCUUGACUAUUUCAAAGGGUAUGGCAUGGCAGAUCAACGCUGUAGGUGCCGGCUUCAUCGGUGCCGCCAUCGGUGGCUGUGGUGAUAUUUCCUUGACUUACUGCCAGGAUUGUUAUCAAUUCAUUCUCGGUGACGCACUGACAUCCGUGGUAUUUGUGCGCAACAUCAUCUCCACGAUAUUGGUCUUUGCCAUCACGCCCUGGAUGGAGGGCAUGGGCGUUUACAACAUGUUUGUGUUGCUCGGCUGUCUCGGUGUCGCUGUGGCCUUGACAUGUGUGCCGCUUAUUAUAUGGGGCAGGAAGUGGAGAGCGAAGCUGGCACCCAAAUAUGAAUAUUAUGCUGCUAAGCAGUGGUGA